AUGGCCAAGCUGAUAGGGCUCACCAUCGCAGGGCUGUUGCUGGCACUCUACAAGAACCAUCAGUCUUCCUAUCAAAAAAGAUUAACUGCUUUCCGUGAAGUAACUCCUGUAGACCUUCCCAACUGUAAUUUUGUUAAAGGAAUCGAAACAGGUGCUGAAGACUUAGAGAUCCUGCCUAAUGGACUGGCGUUCCUUAGCACUGGACUGAAAUAUCCUGGACUGAAAAGUUUUGAUGCCAAUGAACCUGGAAGAAUACUUCUGAUGGACUUGAACGAGAAGGACCCAGCAGUGUUGGAGUUAGAAAUUAGAGGAACUAAUUGGAAUAAAUCAUCAUUUAACCCUCAUGGAGUCAGCACAUUCACAGAUGAAGAUAAGACGGUGUACCUACUGGUAGUCAGCCAUCCAAACUACAAGUCCACUGUGGAGGUGUUUAAAUUUCAAGAAGAGGAAAGAUCACUUUUGCAUCUGAAAACCAUCACACAUGAACUUUUGCCUAGUGUCAAUGAUAUUGCUGCUGUUGGACCUGAGAGCUUUUAUGCCACGAAUGAUCACUAUUUUGCUGACCCAUACUUAGGAUCCUGGGAGAUGUACCUUGGUCUGUCGUGGUCCAAUGUUGUUUACUACAGUGCUGGUAAAGUCCAGGUGCUAGCAGAAGGAUUUGAUUUCGCUAAUGGCAUUGGCAUUUCCCCUGAUGGCAAGUAUGUCUAUGUAGCUGAAUUGUUGGCUCACAAGAUUCACGUGUAUGAAAAGCAUGCUAAUUGGACUUUAACUCCAUUGAAGGUCCUUGACUUUGAUACCCUUGUGGAUAACAUCUCCGUGGAUCCUGUGACGGGCGAUCUCUGGGUUGGUUGCCAUCCCAAUGGGAUGAGGAUUUUCCACUACGACUCUGAGAACCCUCCUGGUUCAGAGGUGCUUCGAAUCCAGAACGUUCUAUCAGAAGAGCCCAAAGUAACUGUGGUUUAUGCCGAAAACGGCACAGUGUUGCAAGGUACUACAGUUGCUUCUGUGUACAAAGGAAAAGUGCUGAUUGGCACUGUGUUCCACAAAGCUCUUUAUUGUGAUCUGUGA